GGCAGUCAGAGCUCUAAGGUUCAGAUCCACCAUAACACCUGGCUCCACUUCCCUGGACACAACCUGCGCUGGAUCCUCACAUUCACUCUGCUGUUUGUCCACAUCUGUGAGAUCGCUGAGGGAAUCGUCUCCAACAAACAGAUGGACACCAACCACCUCCACCUCUUUAUGCCAGCGUUUAUGGGGUUCAUAGCAGCCACUACAUCUGUGGUGUACUACCACAACAUAGAAACAUCCAACUUCCCCAAACUACUGCUGGCUCUGUUUAUCUACUGGGUUCUGGCGUUCAUCACCAAGUCCAUCAAGCUGUGGAAGUUUGCAGAGUACGGUGUUGGAGUGCUGCACCUGAGGUUCUGUAUCACAGCCCUGCUGGUCGUUCUGUACGGACUCCUCAUGGCUGUAGAGAUCAACGUCAUCAGGGUCAGGAGGUACGUGUUCUUCGCCAACCCCCAGAAGGUAAAGCCUCCAGAGGACCUUCAGGACCUGGGAGUGAGGUUCCUCCAGCCCUUCGUCAACCUCCUCUCCAAGGCCACAUACUGGUGGAUGAACCCCCUGAUUAUAGGAGCCCAUAAAAGACCCAUUGAGCUGAAGAAGAUAGGCAAGCUCCCCAUCGCCAUGAGAGCCCUCACCAACUACCUGAAGCUCAAAGACGCCUACGAGGAUCAGAGGAAUGCCGAGGACCCAGAGAAGGCUCCAUCCAUCUGGCGUUCUAUGUACCGGGCGUUUGGCCGACCCAUC